AUGGACAUCGGGAUGGAUCGAAGCGGAUCGGAUGUGGGGGUUGCCACCAUUGGCACCCUGUUUCAGCACAUCGUCAACGAUAUGAAGAACUCGAGCCCACUGUGGGAGGAUUUCAUUGCCAAAGCUACCAAGCUGCACGCUUGCUUAAGGGCUGCAAUUCAGGCGUUGGCGGCCUACUUGGAUGCAUUCCAAAAGAUCGCCGAUGCGGCCACCAACUCGAGAGGAGCAACCAAAGAAAUUGGCACGGCACUAACGCGUGUCUGCCUCCGGCAUAAGGCGGUCGAGAGCCGCAUGAAAACGUUCACCAGCGCGAUCAUGGACUGCCUGAUCGUGCCGCUGCAGGAGAAGCUGGAGGACUGGCGCAAGCAGGUGACCGUCAUCGACAAGGACCACGCCAAAGAGUACAAGCGGUGCCGGGCGGAGCUGAAGAAGCGCUCGAGCGACACGCUGCGGCUGCAGAAGAAGGCCAAGAAGGGUGCGGCCGACAACCUGCACGUGUUGGUCGAGUCCUCGAUGCAGGACGUCACUCUGCGGCGCUGCGAGCUCGAGGACGUGGAACGGAAGUCGCUGCGGGCGAUCAUGGUCGAGGAGCGAUCGCGGUACUGCACGUUCGUCAGCCUGCUGCAACCGGUGGUACACGAAGAGUGCGAGGUUAUGUCCGAGCUCGGCCACCUGCAGGAAGCGAUGCAGCUGAUCGCAGCCGUCACGAAGGAUCCGACCCAGUUACCGCAGGCGUCGGAGGAACUGAUUCUUGAGUCGAAAGCCAACAUCGGCCUGUACCCGGACUCACCGGGAGGGUCCAACUCGCAGGGCGGCUGCUCCAACUCGCUAGGUUCGCGAAAAAGCUCCGUCUGCUCGAUCAGCUCGAUCAACAGCAGCAGCAGUGGCUCUCCCGGCCACCACCACCAUCAGUUUCAGCGAUCCCUGUCGCAGUACUCCCCGGCGAUACGUUUGAAACCAGGCGAAUCGAGCGAUAGCGGCUUUUGCUCUUCACCAGCUUUAACGUCACAGGCAUCCACACUAGCUAGUCAAUCGCACGCCGUGUCAACGUGGCCACCGCACACUCAGGACGCAACGUCGACCGUCGACCGUCCCCACACGAUUUCGUCCGCCUACGAGAAGGGCCACCAGCGGCCCGCGCUCACCGUCUACACCUUCCAGAGCCCGGAACCGAUCGUCGAGACGCAGAAAUCGCCCGCCAACAUCGCCUGCCGGCCACCGUUGCCAGUCCGCUGCUCAUCCCUGGAGCGACCACUCUCGACCACGUCGGUCAAAAAUGCCAACCCAAAUGUCCCACGGCAGUGUCCGUCCCCGAUUCCGGCGCACAUUACCAAAGAACACCCACAACUGCAGCCCACCUAUGUUAACAUGACGGAACUAGCGUCCAUGGCUGCGUCUAAAACUACUAACAACGGCAUUAAUAACAACAACGGCGGUGGUACCAGCGCCACGGUGACUGCCAAUCAGCAACACGUGCAGCAGCAACAGAACGCGCACGUGUACCAGCAGCAGCAGCAGCUACAGCAACCGAAUUCGCCCGUCCUGUCCUCGGCAUCGUCCCUGAUUUCGCCCGACUCGACGAACGCCACGAACCCGAUCAGCUCGCCGGAUGCGUCGGCCUGCAGUACGCAAACGCCACAAAACACCCCGCAGACGGGUUCGCCCGGCACGCCCAACUACAGUGGCGGUGGUGCGAUCAACCAGGGCUACCGUAGCACCACUCCUUCGUCGGCGACCGGCGGUAUCUGUGGUGGACCCGGCGGCGGAAGUAGCGGCCACUUCGAUCCGGCCAGCACGCCGUGUGAAAGUAAUAACGAUACCUCCUCCAAUCACACCAUCACGAUUGACGACCCGAUCGAUGAGCAUUCUAACACCAGCACGUGCGCCGCUUCCGCGACCACCAUUUCUACUACCACCAACAUCACCACCACCACUGCUACUACUUCUACUACUAGUUCCAUCACUAACAAACCAUCCUCGACCCACUGCCCGGGCACCACUACUGCCACCGACAGUAGCAUCAGUAGUAGUAGCGCCUCAGCCGCCGGCGCUGGUACGGCAACGGCGACCAACGUCACCACCUCCCUCUCCUCAUCCACCUGUUCCUCCUCUUCCGCCACGUCGAAGGCGAUCGACAAAGAUUUACUCAAACGUACCGGUUCAGUUUUAGAGAAAACGUCCAUGUUCGAGCAGCAGAUCAACAACAACCAGCUGCAUCUACAGCAACCGCAACCGCAAUCGCAACCACCGCCGCCGCAGCAGCAGCUCAGUGUCCCGACGGUGACGGCGGUACGCAACGAUCCCAACGCCCUGUACGGCGGGCGGCGAACGAACGAAGAAAUCUACAAGUCCGCCGGCCAGUUGCUACUGGAUCGCGAUGCAGAUUGCAUCGACAAGCAAACGAUCGAGGAACUAAACAAUCUGAUUGGUGAACUAGAUCUCUUUCAAAAAGAGCACGAAAGUGGCGCAUUCCGCGAAACGACCCAUCAUCAACACCGUCACCGUUCACACGGCAUUGGCGAUCCGAUUGCGAACGGCGUGAAUAACAAUUACGGUGACGAUACCAUACAGUCGGGAGGGCUGGGUGGUUCGGAUGGGUCCACACCACCGCCGCCACACCCGGCACCGACGAGCCGAUUGCCUUCCUCUAUCUCGUCCAGCAACAGCAACCUGGACGAGUACCUGAGCAACCAUCUGUCGUCGCUAGACGACGAAACGAACGGUGGUUCGAUGACGAACCUUGCCGCACAGUACAGCAACUACGGCGGCAAGACGACUGUGGAUGGCACCGAACGGGCGGAUUACGGUACGCCACCGUACCAAUCCCAUCACCACCACCGUGGCGCGCUGGGAGUAUCGAGCGGUUCCACCCAAGCCCUGGACGGUCUCGGAACGGGUUUCGAGAAUCCUUCGUUCAUGAUGGAAACCUACUACAGUCAGAACCGCAGCGAGGUGGUGGUGCUGCGCUGCAAGGACACGAGCCGCAACAGUCUCAAUACGGCACCGGACGAUCUGCUGACGGGCAGUGGGUUAAUGCAGCUGAACGGUGGCUCGGACAGUGCCAACCCACCACACCAGCGACUGAGCUCGUUCCGCGUUACCUCCCGGCCGGCCUCACCGGCCUCGAUGUCGUCCUUUUUCGGUGUCACGUCCCGUUCUCCCACCCCGUCCCUAUCGUUGCCCGCGACGGCUCACUGUUCGCCCCAGCGGCAGCUCAAUGGGAGCAAUGAAAUCAUCCCGAGCGCUCACGAUUCCAGGUCCGGCGCGAUCGCGGCCACCCCGUACGACGAUCGCAUCAAUCGCAAUAAACCCGCCAUCACCCCGAGACCUGCAUCGUUAUCUGGUCCGACCCGUGUAACGCGACGUGCGUCUGUAAAUACCGUCAAACCGCCACCGCCUGUCCGGCGCAGCUCGAGCGUCACACCUAGUCCUAGCGUAGGAACUAACUCCACCAAUCUUGCCCAGCAAAGCGUAGCUUACACCUCAUCAGAAAGUUUACCUCCACCACCUGCUUAUCUCUUAGAUUCCACCGCCGGAAGCUCACCUAGUAUUUCAGGCAACGUCGCGGGUACGGUGAAGGCUCUGAAUGAAAUAAGACACACACCGGCCAGCCCGGGAGUGCUAAGACGGGCCCAGCAGUCCAAUGCUCCGUCCUCGAACCAAGGAUCACCUACGCAAUACACUACCACCAACCUGUACGCCACAUUACCCACAAAGCAUGACCAUAGCACGGUGUCAGCUGCGUCAGCAUCAUCGCAACACCACCACCAUCCCAGUACACCACCGCCCAACUCAUUCCACGCUAGUGACAGUAACAAAUCGCUGUCGAACCGAUCUCCGAAAACGAACCUUCAUCAGCCAGGAGGAGGAAUAUACGCACAACCGAAGCAGAUCACGAAUAUGUCUAGUUUCCGUAUCUCGAGUCCAAAUAAGCAAGGACCAACAAAACCGAACAGCAGUUUCCUGGCGCAGCUAAACGCCAAAAUUGCGCCACCCAGUAAGGCACCCCCUUCUCAGCCAACACCGUCCGCGGGAGGAGUCUAUCAACAACAGCAGCUGCAGCAACCCUCGAGCAAUUACGUUUACACGACGGCCCCGUCCGGAAAUGAGCUAAUCUAUCAGCGAUCCACACCCGUCGAUCCGCGAAUGUCGUACAACAACAAUCAGCAACACCAACAGCAGCAGCAGCAAUACUAUCACUCACAGCAGCAACAAGCUCCCGUGCAACCACCGCCACGAGAGGGUAAAAAUUCCAUCUAUUCCGCCUCUAGCCAAUCCUCUUCCCAUCAGCAGCAGCAACAGCACUACCAACAGCAACAGUACUACCAGAAUCAGUAUCAGCAGCACCCGCAGCAACAACAGCUACAGUACCAGCAGCCACCAACCUCGCAGCAGUACUAUUAUCAUCAACAGCAAGCUCCUCCGAGGCAACACCAUACGCCACAGCAUACCACUACGGCGCCGACGUUACAGUACGUGCCCCCCAGCGGUGGCUACGCGGCGCAAAAUAUUUACGUGUCGACGAAUCCCUUUGCCAGUUCCGUCCAAACGGUGGCCACUGCUGGUGGUGGUAGCGCUAGCAGCAGCAGCAGUUAUUCGCCAUCGUCCUUCGGCAAAGGCCACCGUAACGGUGGCGACGACGGUGCGGCUGGUGGCAGCGCCACAAGCACUCCCGUUCGGACAAAUCAUCACAUGCGCAACAGUGCAGGCAACAAUAAUGGAUCCGCCGGUGGCAGCGGUUCGGUGGCCCCCGGUGGUAGUGUGACGACGCACAACGUGCUGGCCAAAACGAGCGCUGGCUUCUUGGAAAACCUAAACGCUCGACUGGCGGAGCAACGCCUUUCCGGGAAAGCGUUUGCCGUGAGGAAUCUCAUCAACAGCAAAGCACUUCCGGAUCCCCGAGUCUGCCACGAAUCGCUGAUGGAUCAAAUCAAACGUGGUGCAACGUUAAAACGGAACCGUACGAUCAACGAUCGUAGCGCCCCGAAAAUCCACUAAAGUCCCACUUUCGUCUUCUAAUCCACACACAUACACAUACAAAAAUCCCAAACACACCCAAACACGGCAUAGGGAGUGUCAUUUAGGGACGCUAUCGUGUCACAAUACCGAGUUGAUGGCGUUCAUCGGUACACGUCUUUCUAUAACUCACGCUCGGUUAUGCUUACAAGGUACGGAAAUCGUUUCCGUAUCACAUGGAGUUAGGGCCACGCUCGUCUCACCUAUUUCGAUUCUCAAAUCGAACUUUCGUGUAGUGACUCAAAGUUUAAGUUGUCACUAAUGUUACACGACGCUAUCAAUGUUUGCAACCGACAAAAGGCUGAAGACGAUGCAUAUCGAACGCGGUAGGGCAAUAUGAGGAACCAGAGAUGGUAUCGUCCAUUUACAUCGCGAAAGUAUACCAAGAGAACAGUGGCAAAAAGAUGUUGAAAACGCAAAAUUGGCUCAAUUUUUGGUUUGUGUAAUAGUUUUCCUUCGCAGCGCCCUUCGUGAGCGCUUAAGGUAGCAUAGAAAUGUACAGAGUCGAUCGUUAACAUAGCUUCCAAUGAUGCAAUGGAACGCACGAUGAACGACUUGCAAACGGAAAACCACCAACUUAUGGUUACUCUGGUUCAAUUACUAUUUCGAGAUAAAAGGUAAUAACUGUGUGAAAAGGGUUUCGUAAAAAACAGGAAUCGUUUUGGUAUGUACAUUUGUCGUAUGAAUCAUUUGAAAAAUGAAUUUAUUAAACUAUUUUCUGUUCGAAGAAGCCUCGUCGUAAGGACGAUUUCUUGUCAAUGUUUGCUAAUAAAGCAAAUCAAUGUCCCCUUGGCUUGGCGAAUAAAGUGAAUUCGGUCAAUGAUAUCAACUGAAGCGGGUUAGACAAGCAGAAGCAGGAAGCCACGAACGUUUGUAGUGAAGAAAAAAACAAGAAAUCAUUAAUCCCUAUAUCAAUUAUCAGACGCGUUUUCACUAUGUUGAUGAAUCUCUUACUAUGGCUGCGACCAUAGCGAAGUGCGGAACGAAAUAUCUCUGAACGUAAACACAACAAAAGACUUAACCCAGUUAUAUUGCCAAGCGCCUUGUUGUACACCAUUAAUAACUACACCAAACACAGCACUCUAUACACUCGCAAAAUGGCUUUGCGUAAACACAUUAAUAUCACAUUUUUACACCUUUUAUCGCGCGAUGCUUGCAGACGGGAAGAAUAUCAAACGUUCCGAUCCCCUCUUGGAUCAUCACCCCGGGUGACGAUCGUAGAAUGGACUUGCAGCACUAGCAGGAAAACCUGAAACUAGAGCGCAUCCAAGUAUGCGAGAAACGAUUCGGGUGAGCCUUUCUCGAUGAGCUUCUGAAUUUGGAUCAUUCCGUUUCUGACUGCAGGCUUAUCAAAGAACACCCAUUGGUGGAGAAAACAUGUUUCAAAUUGGAUUUUAAAUAACAAAUUUUAUCUUCAUCCUCUAUCUGAUUCCGGCGGUAAUCGCUAAUACUGGCGGAGGCGCAACAAGCCGAGAUUAUUUUACUCAAAAAUAUCUAUCAAAUCCAGCACGCAAAGCAAAUCUUUCGGGCGCACUUUCGUUCACGUUGAAAAAGGAAAAAGAAACUCUGACUGAAGCUGCUGCAAAACAAAACAAAUAUCACACUUUUACCGCCAAUCCGCCCUCCGGAAGUGAAACGCACCGGAUUUUGAAUGGAACGUGGCCUCACCCGGAGCUGUGGUAUCUUUCGAGUCGUGACAUGGGAAUAAUAAUAAUAAUCACACAAUAACUACUAGGUGUAAAACCCCCUAUUGGGUUGAAAGCAAAUGGCGUAGAGAACAUGUCGGGCGGGUGACAUAAAAUGCAAUUAUAAAAUGGUGACAACAGAGCGAAACAAAUGAUCCUGCAUAGCAUAGGAUUGCAGGGGAAAACGGAAAACAAAAGCGGAAGACGGCGAUCCAGAGUCUUCCACCGCAUACACCACCACAUCCGGGAUGGCUCAGCGCAGUGCGCCGCACCUACAUGCAAAGACGGGGACGAAGCGAAAGAAUCACACCGUAAACCAAACUGUAGACAGAGAGGCUAACUAAAACACAACGUUUUUUGUGGAUGACCAGUUAUUGAUUAUUUAUUUUUAAUGUUAUUUUCCGUUUGAUUGAUUGCUUGAUUUGUUUCGCGCUCUACACACGUGUUGCUCGCAUUGGAUCGAAACGAAUUUGCUAAUUUAUUUGUUUCCACACUUCUUUGUUUUGUUUUAUUUAUUCACUGCUAUAUUUGCAUGUUGCCAAGCAUUUCUGCUUAUCUUUUUCUCUUUAAUCGUAUAGUAUUUUUUCAUUCUUUUGAUAUUUAUUCACUGUGAACCAGAAUCGUAUUGCCUUCUGUUUGCAUCUUUUCCCAAAGUACUUUGUUUUUUUUUGUUUUAAUCGAAACAUGUCUUGUAAAUAGUCUGCUGCACCCGCGUAUAACGGGAGACACUCUUGUCCUAUUUUCGAUGAUGUUUAGUUAUUAGUCGUCGUUUCUGUGUCCGCAUUCUUUUACGCUGAUCGGAUCGGAGAUCGGAUCAGCCACAAGCGGAAAGGACGGGAUUUACGUAAAAGCGCGCAUCAAGCAAAACAAAUAGCAGUGAUCCAGUUCUUUCGUGUGUAUGUGUUUGUGUUAUUUGUCUCUUGUUGCCUAUCGAAACUCUGGGCCAAUCUACUGCGUUCAGACUCUUCGGACUAGUGCGAAUAACAAAACAAAAAACAAUAACUAGAAUCUAGCUGUGGGAAAGCUAAUUUAAGCAAAGUGAUCGAUCGAUCAGCGAAGAGAGUCAGUAACACUAAAGGCGAAUCAGUUAUAGAGUUUACCUAACCGGAGCCGUAUAAACCUCUACUAACCAAACCAACAAACAAACAGAAAGUGAAAAAUAAUUAAACACGUAAACGUAAUACUGCAGCAAACGCUCGAAUCUUGAUGGUUAACUUUAACGAAACAAAGAACGCACGAAGGCUCGAAGGAGAGAAGAAACGUGUCUGGUCCCUCGAAGCGCCAAUUCCGGCAGGCUAAACAUUAUUUUUGUACGCAAGCUAUGCCAAUUUAGUGAUCUGAAUCCGUUAUAGAGUAGAAGGAAUAUGCUAUUGCCGUGGAGUGGAAAAUGGACGACGUCGGAGGAUCGCAAUGAUUAGAGACACUGCUGCGUUGUAAUGCGCGCGGAGAAUUAACGGAGAAUUCAAACUGCAAAACGCAUUACUUAUAGAUAUAUACACUAUAUACAUAUUAUACAUGAAAGCAUUACACAAUGGUAUAAGUUCAUUGAAACGCGAAGCACAUAAUAUGAAUCGGGGAAGACUAGGAGCCGAAAGAGCAGCGGACAAACUACAAGAACCACUAAGGGCGCGCGUCAUGCUUGGGAUGUAAUAAUAAUUCCCCCAAAAACUUGUACUUUAUCAUCCCUCCCUGUAAGAAGCGUAUAAACAGAAAGAAUGCCCUCUAAAACAAGGACAGCGGCUACGCGCUUAUCGCGCGCAACGAUGGGAGGAAACCCGGUGACGUGUGGGGCGUAAUCGGAAACUAUUAUGAAAUAACGUCAACGUCAUUCAAAACUCGAUCGUGAAAAUCAAGUAAACGAAGCAAAAUAAAACAAACGAAUACUGUAUCAUUGUACACUGAAAUAAAAACAAAACAUAAU